AUGUCGCAGACUCUGACUCCCGAAGUGCUCUGGGCCCAGCGCUCGUCGGCCACCGACCCCGAGCGCAACCACGUCUUCCUCACCAUUUCCGCCCCGGACGUGCCCAAGGACAAGAUGAAGCUGGACGUCCAACCCACCAAGGUCUCCUUCACCGGCCACUCGGAGUUGAAGAACGUCGACUACAAGGCCGAGCUCGAGCUGUUCGCCGAGAUCGUCCCCGACGAGUCCAAGAUCAACCACACCGGCAAGAACAUCGAGAUGGUCCUGCGCAAGAAGGACCUCAAGGAGGAGUUCUGGCCCCGCCUGCUCAAGGAGAGCAAAAAGCUGCACUUCCUGAAGACCGACUUCGACAAGUGGGUCGAUGAGGAUGAGCAGGAUGAGGCUGCUGACGAAGACUACCUCGCAAACAUGGGCGGCAUGCCGCCUGGCAUGGGCGCCGGCGGCCCCGGCGGCGAGGGCGGCUUCGGAGGCAUCGACUUCUCCAAGCUUGGCGGUGGCGCCGGCGGCAUGCCCGACCUGAGUGCCCUCGGUGGCGCCGGUGCCCUCGGCGGUGCCGGCGACGAGGCUGAGGAAGGCUCCGACGAUGAGGACAUGCCCGAGCUCGAGGGUGACGGCAAGGCUGCUGCCGGCGCCACCAAGGCAAGUUCGUAG